AUGAUUUCUUGCAAUAUCCGUUCGCCAAAUAUUAAUCCAUGCAACGGCGUAUCUCUGUAUCAUAAUAAUAGUAAUUGUCGUAAUCAAAAUUUAAAAACUUCUCGUUCACCAAAGUAUUAUCGUCCUCUUCAACAUCUUUAUAAGACAACUUAUUCACCAGUAAAUGGUAGUAAUUUAACUCGUAUUGAUUUUUCUUCUGUCAAUCGUCCAUCAGAAAAAUAUAAAACAACCAAUAUGACUUAUGGUAGUUUUCAUUAUAACAAUUGGGCAUUUAGACAAAAAAAUCGACCUAUGAAAUACGAUAGACAACCUUUAACUCGACACAACAAUAAACCGAUAAACGAUACAUGUUGUCCGACUAUUUGUUGUAAUAAUAAUAAUACACUGAAUCGGUUCAAUUAUUAA